AUGAGGGAAUCGAUUACAAAUAUAAUGGGUAAUUUUGGAAAGUCUAUAGGAUUAAGCUCUCCAAUAGUGAAAAAUAAUGAAAUAUCUCCAAAAUAUCUAAAUUCUAGUAUAUCUAAGACAAUACUUGACAAUAAUUUGUAUGAAAAAUCCCCUACUAGACCACAAUAUCUUCCUCCUCCCUUACCAUACAAUAGAAAAGAUAAAUUAAAUAAUUUAAAUGCUGUAGAUAACUUAAUUCCUUCACCAUUUAAAGGAAGUUUUGGUCUAAUUGAGAAAUCAACUAUAGAAUCUAAUGGAAAUAAUUUGAAAAUGUUAAGAAGUUCAUCAUUUAUACGUUCUGAACCAUUUAUAAAUAAUUCAGGGAAUUUGAUAAAAUAUAAUAAUAAGAUAAAUAGUUGUGAAGAUACUUUGGAUAUGAAUAUUAAAGAAUCAAUAGAUAAUAAUACUUCUCAAACAGCUUCUGUAGUUAGAGUUAAAACAAUUGGAAAUACUGGAGAUUUAUAUACUGAUAAUUUAUUAUCUAAUUCGGUAUUUAGUAUGAAUAUAACACCAAAGCAUAAUUUAGAUAGAUCAAGUUCUGUAUUUACUCCAUUAUCAAAUCGCAAUAAACCAUUUUUAUUAAAUACAACUCCAAGUAAAACAAAAUCAGUAAUACAUGAAGAAAUGAGUUCAACACCUAUAUUGAGUGAUAGAUAUGAUAUGAGUGAGACAUCAGAAAUAUUAAGAAGACGUUUAAAUGAAAAGAAUCAGGAGAUACACUUUUUACGACGUACAAUAAAUGAUUUGGAAUUAAAUAUAAGUAAUAAUACAAAUAAACAGAAAUUAUUAAGUGAUAAUGAUAUAUUGAUAAAUAAAAGAAUAAAAGAUUUAAAUUUAGAGAGACAAGAAUAUUUUGAUAAAUGUAUAUUAUUACAAGAAGAAUUAAGAGUAUUAAGAGAGGAAUUUUUGAAUUUACAAAAAGAAAAUAAAUGUUUAGCUGGAAAUUAUGAAUUAAAGAUUUAUGAGAUUAACAAACUUAAUGAAGAAUUAUUGUUAACAAAAAAGUUGAAUAAAAAUGAUAUUAUUGAGAAAUAUUUAGAUCCUUUAAAAUAUAAGAUAACGAAUUUGUUAUUAAAUAUUGGUGGCGAGAAAGGAAGGUUAAUUUGUGAGAAUAAUGAAGAUAAUAAAAUAGAUAUGUCUAUAAUGGAUGAUUCAACUCAAUUAGAUCCAGAUAUUGCGAGUAUUAUAGAAAGUAUAAAUUCAUGUGUAGAUUCUUUUGAAAUAAUUAUAAAUGAGAAAUUAUCUGAGAAAGAGAAGAUUGAAAUGAAAUUACAUGAUGAAAUUAGAUAUUUAAAUAAUGAGAUAGAGAAUUUAAAACUUCAAAUAAUAAAAUGUGGAGAAAGUUAUAGAGAUAAGAAAGAUAAUAAAGAAGAUUUAAAUAUAAAACAUAGUUUGGAUAAAUAUAAUAAAGUGAAGAAAUUAAUGAGAAGUAAUAAAGAAAAUAAAGAUUUAAGUAAAUGCCGGAAAUUAUUAAAUAGAGGAAAUAAUAGAGAUAUUGAUAUAACAACCCCUUUAAGUAUUUCUUCUCCACAAAGAAAUUGUGUAUUUGGAUUAAGUAGUUUAGCAAAAUCAUUAUUAGGAUAUGCAAUAUCUACAAAUAAUAAUUUUAAUAAUUUAAAUUCAAAUAUAGAAAAGUACAAUUCUAAUAUACAGAUGCAUGAUAAAAGUGAAGAUAGUAGUAAUAACGAUGAUGAUGAUAAUGAUAAUGAAGAUAGUGAAGAUGAUGAUGAUAAUAAUAAAGAUGAUAAUAAAGAUGAUAAUAAAGAUGAUAAUAAAGAUAACGAGAAUAUAAGUAAGGAUAGUCCCUUUAAAGAACUUAGAAGAAGUAGUAGAUUAAAAAAAAUAGUUAAUAAAUCAGAGGAUUUAAAGGGAAGUCUUACUAAUUUGAAAGACAAUAAAGAAUUAACAAGAGAAUCUUUAAAGAUUGUUACUAGAAAAAAAGUAGAUAAUGAAAAUUUAUUAGUUAGAUCAACUAAGAAGCUAUCUAAGUUGGAAUCACAAGUGAAUAAAGAUACAAAAAUGAAGAAAAGUUCAAGUAUAGAUAAGAUGAAUACAAAGGUAUUAGAAAAUAAGAAGUCUCCACUUGAAAUUAAUAAAAAAGAUUCGGAAUUAUCUAAAUUAGAAACAUCUAAAAUUAUUAUAAAAGCAAAAUCUAAGAAGAAACAAACAUCAGGAAAAUCUUUAGAUAUUGAUAAUAAAUCCUCUAGUAAUAUAAAGAAUAGCAAUAAAACUAAAGAUCAAUCAAAUAAUCAAAAUAUUAAUUCCGAAGUUUUAAAUAAAAGAACAACUAGAAGUAAUAAAAAAAAGUGA